UCGCGGCGACUACUCAGAAGCGCGUAAAAUGUUGUCGGACGCAGAUACCGAGGAUCACUUCAGUCCGUCCGUUAGGCUGCUAGAGAUAGAGAAACCGGAAACCGGAAGUUGCGGGUUUCAUCUGACAAGAGGCAAAUGGGAUCCGUAUCCUUGGAUAAGCGGGGUGGAUGUGGGAUCGGCCGCGUACAGUGCCGGGAUGAGGGCUGGUGAUUGUGUACUUGAAGUGAACGGAGAGGAUAUUGUGGGUCAAAGGGUCUCGGAUGUAGGUCAACUGGUAAGGUCGCAUCCAGGUCAGGUGUCUCUGUUGCUUUGGAAUGCGGGGGUCGGAGCCAAUUGUUCGGCGGAUACGCUCUGUUGCGGUCCUAUGCCAAACAAUCUCCAAAAACUGUCGGCAUGCCUAUCCUCGGUCCUAACGUUUUUGGAAUGCCCAGUAUGUCUGGACACUGCGAUUCCACCUACUUAUCAGUGCGACAAUGGGCACCUGAUUUGUAUGCGCUGCAGGGCGAAAAGUGAAAGAUGUCCGGUUUGUAGAGUUCGGUUCACCAGUGGAAGAUCUUUACUUGCCGAUCAGGUGUACAACGCCUUCACGGAUGCAUUCGAUCUACGUGAGGAUACGCACGAAGCACGCUCAGCAAAGAUGCAGCAGAUUUUCAAGAUCAAAUCCAAGAAAGCACCGCCGAGCAUUAAAAUCACGCAAGCCCAUACCAAUAAAUUCUUGGCCAGACUGAUCGGCAAGGCGUCCUCGGUGGACAACCUGUCCAGCAAACAUCCGCAAGCCCAACAAUUACUCUCCGAUGGUCAAUUCGCUUCCAACAUGAAAGCGAAAUCACUUUCAUCCAGCGAGAUAUUCAACCCAGACAGUUCAUCCAUCGCUAGGACGGGGUCAAUAAACAGCAUCCACCGUACGCACAAACCUCGUCCUGGUUCAUACCAUGGCUCAUUUGAAACCCUCCACGUCCCCGACAUCUCAAUGAUCUCAGCAAACCCUCAAGAAGGCAUUCUGUACCACUGCCCUUACGAAAAAUACUGUACCUGCUUAAUCAAAGGAGCGGACAUUAUAAAUCAUUUUAAAAAUAACCACUCAGGACCUCUGACUCAAUAUUUCAAUAACAAAAUGCGAUUACUCCUAUCGCAAAUUCCAACAGGAGGCACUUAUUUGAUAUCCAUCAACGAUCAAUUGUUCUUCCUGAAGAUUAAUCAUGAAAAUAUGAUCAAGGGUCGUUUCGGUAAUAUGCGAAUUUGGGCAUGGCUCACUGGCGAUAAGAAGCAUUCUACAGAAAGCCAUCUACUUCUUAACUUCUUUAACGAAGAUACGCCAAAUGAUUCAUUAAUGAGCAUUCGAAGUGCAGUUUACUCCUUGAGCUCGGUAUCCUGGUCUGAUAUCAACGAAACAAAGAAGGGCGUUUUCAUUAGCUCGCAGUCUUUACAAGCGAUCUGCUCAGAGUCUACAAUACUAGAAGCCGAAAUACUUUAACAUUAUAUAAUUUUGUAAACAUUAUUUAAAUAUUUAUUGGAUUUUAUUACAAA